UGCGGUGCAUUUAGCAUCUUUCUAGUAAGUAUACUGUUCUAACUUCUAAGCCAAAAGUCCCAACCCAAACCGAGCCGCCUCAGUGCCCUAACCUUCCCGACCGGCCGACCCUCCUCGUUUUCAUAAUGAACCCCUCAUCAUCAUAAUUAAUCAAAUUUAUUAUCCUGUUCACCCACCUACCCUCAGUCUUCUUCGCUUCAUCCCUCUCUCGCUGAAAUAUCAAAAGAUAAAGGAAAAACGUUCCCAUCUCCUUCAACCACACCAUGGCAAGAGGUUCCUCUCAGUCGCAGUCCUCCACUUCAUCAUCAGCAUCCCGUCCAGGUGUCAUGGCUCCUCGCGGCUCCGCUGCCGCCACAGCCGGUAUGCGUCGCCGCAGGCUUGUCGGAGGCUCCUCAUCUGCCUCCGCCUCAGGCUCCGUCGGCACCGGUUCCGGAAGCAACAUGCUCCGAUUCUACACCGACGAUGCUCCAGGCUUGAAGAUCUCCCCCACCGUUGUCCUCGUCAUGAGUCUCUGCUUCAUAGGCUUCGUCACCGCUCUCCACGUUUUCGGCAAGCUCUAUCGGGCCAAAACCGGAGCUGGACCGUGAGUCAUGACUCGAACCCGAUCCUUCUUUUCGGAUCUCUGAUCAGUUCUUGAAUCGAUAACUGAAUUCCACUCUUUUCCUCUUUCUUUGUUGUCGUUUCGUUUGACCAUUUUGGUUUUAGCUUUGUAAAUGAUGAAUAUCAAACUUUGUAAUUACUUAGCAUUUUUAAUGCGUUGAACUUUUAAUUUCGUUGAUGUUAGUAUUACUUUCCAAGGCAAUGAAUCUGUUUUUUUUUUUUUUUUUACUCUUUUUCUUUCAAUUUCCAGAAAAGGGCUUUGCUCAUCCUUUCUGAAGGUUACAUUUACAACGAAAGAAAAGGGUCAAUUUUUUCGGCAUUUGUUAUUCUUCUGUGAUAAUGGCUGAAAUUUAUACAGAACGUAGCCUAACCCACCACCAGCUGCCUUAUUACAUUUGAAACGGUCGGUACCAAAAAAACGAGAAUGAAAGUUAGAUUUGGUCAACCUAACUCCGGCGGCGAACGGAAGAAAAAACGAAUCCUCGACCUCGCCAAAUAAAAAUAGAAGAAUUGGGCGCGGUGUUCACGCUGUUAUUUCAGUUUCCAGCUCCCAUACCAAUGUAUCCGCUCUACCCCCAAUUUUCCACCCCAAAAUUAGAAACAGCACCGAAAUGUGAAAACCAUGGAGCUAGAAUCAGACCGAGAGAAAACAAAAUGACAGUUUUUUUUCUCCUUUCUCUUCUUUUACUAAUUCCAAAACGGAAAUUAAAAGACGACGGUGAUUGACUUCCUCUUCCGAGUCAACAAAAUAUGCAAGAAAUAUGAAAAGGACGAUCCCAAGAAGCAACGCGAAUCCAAUGCCUUCGCUCGCCUCUACGCUCUCGUUGAAGCAGACAUUGAAACGCUUCCAUGUUAGAUUUCAUUUCCUUACCAUUUCGUUUUAUUGUUUUCUAUUCAAGCCUUAAAAUUUUUUUUUAACAAAACAAUUUUGGAACAAAUGCUGAAACCAAGAUGAUCUCGGUAGAGAAGAAUAGAGCAGCGGCGGUGGCAUUGAGUGCUGAGGUUGGUCGAUAAAGGCUCGACUGAAGGAGGAAGUUCCUAAGCUGCAAAAAUUGGCUAAAAAGGUCAAGUGAAUUUCCAAAGAGGAUCAGGAAACUCAUUUUGAUCCGGUUCUUGCACUACCCGAGUGGAUGAAAGCCAUUCCAGAUGGGUCUAAAACUGCUGCAAACCAGUUCGGUGGAUGGGGAGAUUCAUCAUGUAACAAAAACAUCAAAUUUGGCUCAUCAGGAUGAAGGUCUUGAUAUUAUAUAAGAAGGAUUGGACACAGUGAGAAACAUAGCUCUUGACAUGAAUGAGGAAAUAGAUAGACAAGUUCCUCUAAUGGAUGAAAUUGAUGCAAAGGUCGACAAGGCAACAUCUGGCAUUCAAAGGACUGAUGUUAGACUCAAGAAAUCUGUCACCCAGAUAAGAUCCAGCCAAAAUUUCUGCAUUGACAUUAUUCUGCUGUGUCUCGUUCUAGGGAUUGCUUCCUAUUUGUACAAUGGGGUGAAAUUACCAUCCAAAGGAGGAACUAAAAAGGGCAAAUUCUCAUUGUCAGAAC